CUUUAUUUUUUUUCUUAAAGAAAUGAGUUCUCUUUAAUAAGGGAGCUUGUCCGGACGGCAACUACCACUUCCGCUCGACUCCGAACCUCUCCUGUCCAUGGCAGCAGCCCCGCCGGCGCCGGCUCCCCACCACCACCACCACCACCAGCAGCCGUCGUCGUCGUGCUAGUCGCCUGCUAGUGCUAGAUGCAUGGGGGCCGCCUCCCGCCGCGCGGCGCCGGCGUGGCGGUCGUCGUGCCUGGCGCUGUGCCUGCUGCCCGUCGCGCUGCCGCUGCUGCUCCUCUGCCUCCCGCUGCUCUUCGUCGCCGUGGCCGUCGCCCGCUUCCGCCGACGCCGCCGGCGGCUGAUGCUCAUGACGACGGCGGCGGGCAAGAGCAGGAGCUGCUGUUGUCCCGGUGAGCGGUCGCCGCACGGGGACCAGGCCCACCGCGCCGCGCUGCUGCACAAGUACCUCGAGGACCAGAUGGAGCUCGUGGGCGCCGACGCAGGGGCCGGGGAAGCCCCCGCCCCCGACCCGACGCCGAGCUCGCAGCGAAGCCACCCGCAGCAGCAGUAGCGUGGGGAGCUGCUCUGCUGAUUGGGGCGGCGCAGGAAGCAGAGCUCGGUGGUGGUGACUACGGCUACGGGCGGCUGAUCUGAUUGAUUUAGAGGAUUCUUGGUGUUCUUGCGUCACUCUGUUCGUCUCUUGGGAAGGAUGAUUUGUUUCUUCAUCUUUUUGCAUUUCUGUAUGUAGAUUUCGGGAGGAUUUGCGUUUUGUGUAUGAGAAAGUGAGAAUCAGAGUCAGAGAGAUGCACUGACAGGAGACGCACGAGAUCAUGUUCCUGAAUUCUUGUCAGGUGUGACUGUGAGCCAGGCAGCUAAAACUCGGUGAAUGGAUUCAGCUGUUAACUGACUGACUGAAAUGUGAUUUCUGCUCAUCUUCCUCUGUUUU